CUAGAACUCUGACGGGCAGCGCAGGACGCGGAGCGGGCCACUCGGGCGGCUGUCCCAGGAAUUCAGCCUGAGAUGAUGGUCACGUCGGACGUAGGGCGGUGAAGUAGAGGAAAUGAAAUUUUCACACUUGCAUGUUUAGUUUUGAAAAGCUUAGAAGUUUGGGGAAGUACAAGACUAAUACAGCAAACUCGUGUGUACUCAGCACACACCCGAAUCUGCUGCUAGAGCUGUCUCUCCCCAUCCCCUCGGUCGGACCCCAGGGCCUGACACCGUAUCACUCCUUGCUCACUCUUCACCUCCUUGUCUCUCUCAGCCCCUGUCCUCAUAGUCCUGGCAGAGCCCCACACCUGGUCUCCCCAUCUGCCUGCCGAGCAACCCCAGAAGCUCCACUGAAGGGCUCGUUUAAAGUUACUCCGUUCACAGAGAUGUCGGUCUCCGGGAGCUCUGUGUCCCCAGCACGCAGGGCACUGCCCGGCCUACAGUAGUCACUCAGUGUGCUUGCCGAAUUUUAAAAAUAAGCUGCUGCCAUUGAUGCCGUGACACAACCCUGCAUUUCUCUGGCGCAGUUCCCGCCUGUUCCGAGAACACGUCUUCACUGGCCCCCCCACAUCACCUGUGCUCUGCGCAGAUGAAUCUUCUCUCCUGCCCCUGGAAAGAAGAGCUGCCGUCUGAGCUAACGAUUGCCUGGUGGCUCCAUAUGCUUGGUUCUCUGUGUGGUGCGUGUGAAGAGAUGCUGCGGCAGCUGUGCACAUACCUUGCCCUGCGGGUCCCAGACACAGCGGGCACCGUCUGUCCAGCCCUCCUGUCCCCCGACGACGUCCCCCCAGCCGGGACUGCUGCUCCCGGAGCCAUUGGCUCCUAUCCUGUCUUCACCAGCGUUGGCAUGUCAGCUGACAUCAUCUCAACUGUUGAAUUUAAUUACUCUGGAGAUCUUCUUGCAACGGGAGACAAGGGCGGCAGAGUUGUUAUUUUUCAGCGGGAACAAGAGAACAAAAGUCGCCCUCACUCUAGGGGAGAAUAUAAUGUUUACAGUACCUUUCAAAGUCAUGAACCAGAGUUUGACUAUUUGAAAAGUCUAGAAAUUGAGGAAAAAAUUAAUAAAAUUAGGUGGUUACCACAACAGAAUGCUGCUCAUUUUCUACUCUCUACAAAUGAUAAAACUAUUAAAUUAUGGAAAAUAAGCGAACGGGACAAAAGAGCGGAAGGAUAUAACUUGAAAGAGGAAGACGGACGGCUUCGAGACCCAUUUCGAAUCACAGCACUGCGGGUUCCAAUAUUGAAGCCCAUGGAUCUUAUGGUAGAAGCAAGUCCACGACGAAUUUUUGCAAAUGCUCACACAUAUCAUAUAAAUUCCAUUUCAGUAAAUAGUGAUCAUGAAACAUAUCUUUCUGCAGAUGACCUGAGAAUUAAUCUAUGGCAUUUAGAAAUCACAGAUAGAAGUUUUAACAUCGUGGACAUCAAGCCUGUGAACAUGGAGGAGCUGACGGAGGUGAUCACCGCGGCCGAGUUCCACCCGCACCAGUGCAACGUGUUUGUGUACAGCAGCAGCAAAGGGACCGUCCGACUGUGUGACAUGCGCUCUUCAGCCCUGUGUGACAGACACUCCAAGUUUUUUGAAGAACCUGAAGAUCCCAGCAGUAGGUCCUUCUUCUCAGAAAUAAUCUCCUCCAUCUCCGACGUAAAAUUCAGUCACAGUGGUCGGUACAUGAUGACCCGAGACUACCUGUCGGUGAAGGUGUGGGACCUCAACAUGGAGAGCCGGCCCGUGGAGACCCACCAGGUCCACGAGUACCUGCGGAGCAAGCUUUGUUCUCUGUAUGAAAAUGACUGCAUCUUCGACAAGUUCGAGUGCUGCUGGAGCGGUUCGGACAGUGCGAUCAUGACGGGGUCCUACAACAACUUCUUCAGGAUGUUUGAUCGGAAUACACGGAGGGAUGUCACGCUGGAAGCUUCCCGGGAGAACAGCAAGCCUCGAGCCAGCUUAAAGCCUCGGAAGGUGUGUACAGGCGGUAAGAGAAAGAAGGACGAGAUUAGUGUGGACAGUCUGGACUUCAAUAAGAAGAUCCUGCACACGGCCUGGCACCCGGCGGAGAACAUUAUCGCCGUGGCUGCCACCAACAACCUGUACAUCUUCCAGGACAAAGUCAACUAAGGAAGCCAGCACGGGGACUGAGCCCGGCUGUCUUCUCCAAGGAGGGGCGCAUCCUCCUCCCUGUGAGGAGCAGCAAGGCGCUGACCGCUCCCCCUCACAGACUGGAGGGGCCGGCCUUCCGCCUGCGGCGAGGCGGGCCGGGUCGCUGCUCCGCGGAACACCCACUCACCCACUCAGCGCAGCAUUGGUGGACAGUGCUCAAUAAUGGCCAUUACUCAGAAUAAAUGUAUUUAUUUCA